GCGGAGCGGUGCGGCUCCGGGAGCAGGGCCGGGCGGCGCAGGCGGGCCUGGUCGCGCCGCCGCAUGGAGCCCAACCAGCUGCGCCUCUCCGCGGCCGCACAUGGCCAUGGAGGCUAUGAUUCUGAUUUCAGUGAUGAGGAGAGUGGAGAGAAGUCUCUGCAAAAAACUAAAAGAAUAGAGGAAGAUGGCCUUCUGGUAAAGCCGUUCCAAAAAGCAAAGCAAGGCAGUGUGGUUCACAGGCAAUUCGCAGCCGAAGAAUGUGAUAGGGAAGAAGCAAGAAAAAGAAGAUUUCACUUGAUAUCGAUGAGUGCUUAUGAAAGACAUAAAAAGUUAGUGCAUGACUACAUUUUAUACUAUGGUGGCAAAAUAGAGGACUUCCGACGAACUGGAGCAAAUGACAAGACGGAUCUUGAUGUUAUUAGAGAAAACCACAGAUUCCUGUGGAAUGAAGAAGACGAAGCAGACAUGAAUUGGGAGAAGAGGCUUGCAAAGAAGUAUUAUGAUAAACUGUUCAAAGAAUACUGCAUAGCAGAUCUCAGCAGAUACAAAGAGAAUAAGUUUGGAUUUAGAUGGCGACAUGAGAAAGAAGUAAUUUCAGGAAAAGGUCAGUUUUCCUGUGGAAAUAAGCACUGUGAUGAGCAAGAAGGCCUGAAGAGCUGGGAGGUGAAUUUUGGUUACGUUGAGCAUGGUGAAAAGAGGAAUGCACUUGUGAAGCUGCGACUAUGUCCAGAAUGUUCCUACAAACUAAACUUUCAUCACCGGAGGAAAGAAGUCAAAGCACACAAGAAAGGAGGCACAGCUGUACAGGACUCUAAAGAGCCAAAAAAUAAGAAGACUAAAUUUUCUCGUUCAACAAAAAAGAAGUCCAAAAAAAAGACCCAUAAAGAUCAGGUUUCUUCAGAAGAUUCAGAUAGUUCUGAUAAAGAUUCUAAUAACAGCGAUGCAGAAGAUGGUCCUUCAGAUGCUGACUUUUGGAAAGGUCCCCUACAAGAUGCAGAUGAAAAAUCACGGGAGGAGGAGUUUGAUGAGUAUUUUCAAGACUUGUUUCUCUAAACCUUGAAAUUGAUAUAGGCUGACUUUCUUCAUGAAUUGUCAAGAUGGAAGUCUGGAAAUCCAAUCAUAAUUUACCCGAGACCUCUUUCUUCCAGCAUACUUUUUCUACAGUCACUCAUAUGAACCAUUUGGGUAGAUUAUCUUUGUAGAAGGCUUCAAAUCUAAAAACUUUGUCUCUUAUGAUAGUUUGCAUACUCAUGAAACAAGAGAAAUAACUCUUUCAGUGCAAGAGAUAUAUGGCACCCAGACUUAAACAAACAAGAAUAUGGUUUAUUAACAUUACAUCAGAAGUUCACUGCUUUUUAUUUUAUCCCAAACUUCAGGUAUUGUCAGAUUUUUAUGAAGGAGCAUUUGUAAGUUUCUGUGAGUAGUUUAAAGCCAUACACUUUAAUAUAUUUGUAUUUUUAAUUUAUUUAACAAGAGGUAAUAGCCGUAAAUUUAUUGGCCAUGUAGACUUUAAUAUUCAGGUUUUAGUCUCCGUAAGUAUUUUCAAGUGCUAUUGGAGAAGUUCAAGUUUUAUCAAAUAUGUACUCUGCUUGAAUUAAGUAAAUUGUGAAAUGUCUCCCAUAAUCCUUUAAAAAGUUCAGUUUAUUGUGACUUUGUUUUAAAUUUUAGCUAAAAUGCGAUGUGUCUUAUAAUUCCAUUUAUAAAAAUUUGGUUGUAUUUUUGAUGUAAAACAUACGUGUGUGGCUUUCUACCGGAGAUGUACAUGUGACUUUUAUGUUAUCUGUGGCUUCUGAUCUCCUUUCCAUUAAUUGAAUGUUAAUCCUUCUUUAAAGUGUAAUCCUAAAUAUACAAGUAAAGCAUGUAUAUUGCUUGAGAAACUUACUGGAUUUGUAUUCCUCUUCAAGGUGCAACAUAUCUUUAAAGAUUCAUUCAGUUAUGUUUCACAAGAAACAGUCUGCACAUGAAUAAGUACAGUGGGUGUUUUUUUCUGUCAGGUGCAAAUUACUUUGGAUACGAAGAACAAACUUUUUUAAAUUAAAUUUUCAUGUUAUUCUGAGGAAAGUUACUAUUGUAUAAAAUAUAUCUUUUGAUAAGUACUUUUCACUGUAGAUAUAUGUAUAGAAAGUAUUUAUAGUAUUUGAUGUGGAAAAAGGAACAGCAGAGAUGGUUGCAGUGUAUUUAUGAACAUUUUACUCAUGUGAAUAAGUUGAGAACUCUAUUUACAAGUAUUACUUAACAAAAUUACAUUUUGAACAGUUUGUACUUACAUAAUAGAUGACAGUACAAGGACAUGUUUAGGGUGUCCUUGAGUAAGAAAUAAAUGUAACCUUGCAUGAAGGCUUCUUUAGGUAAGAAGGUGGAUUUAAAGGUUAAUUCUCUGUCAUCUUUCAAGCUUGGUUGAGAGUCAAAUCCAAUCUGCAGCAAUCUACUUACACGUGUGCAACUUGCCCAAAGGGGUUUUUGUCGAAUGUGUUACUAUAUUUGUUGCUUCAAGUAUUGUAUAUUAAGUAUGUGUUCUGGAUAACUAACUCCUCUUUGGGUCUUUAAAAUACAGUUAUAAAAAUUUACAGUAUACAUAGUAAAUACAUAAUUUAAUACAGUUUGAAUAAAAUUACAUUAUCAAACAACCUUGAAAUAGUUUUCUUUAGUAGCUGCAUUUAAUACAGAAAAUAACACAUGAUAUACCCAGUUUUAUGUCAUAACUGUUUGCAUAAAAUAUUUGGCUCAUUUAUAAGUCAGGAUGUUUUAAGUGUUUGGGGUUUUUUUGUGGAUUCCUUUAAUUUUGAGUGAUAAUUGUACACAGUAUCUCUGUUCUUAGAAAGGUGUAUAUAGAGCAAUUCACUCAUUCUCCCUUCUCUGUGAAUACUGAGGGCCCUUCAGAGGGGAAAAAAGUGUGGGUCUUCUUUGUUUAAAGGGGGAGGAAAAGUGGCAGGAUUGAGCCUGCAUGUUGAAUUUGCUUAUUGCAGGAAUUGCGUUUGACAUCCAUCUCCUUGGAUUUGGAACUGGUUCCAGUGAAUACUCAGAUCUGUGCAUAAUAUACCAGCCAUUUCCCCUCCUCCAUCUGCAGGAGGAGCUGGCUUUGCAAGACCUGAGUAGAAUGAAUGGAGUGGACUGUCAUUGUUCAAGAACAGGUUUUGGUAGCUCUUCAUUGUUUAUGAGGAGCUAAUUUGUGUGCAGUCUGUCUCUGGUAUUAGGGAGAGGUAAUGUGAAUUCUAAUGUGCUCUACCUCUGUUUUCCUUUCCCUUCUCAUUAUUAAAUUGUUGCCAACUAAUUGGUUUUCAAAUACUUUAAUUUAUUGCAUUUUCAAAAGGGUACAUUGGGAGUAUGUGAGCCUUUUAAAAUGCUUUUGAAUGUAGAUCCUACUGUGGAUAUGCUGGUAUCUUAGCAAACUCUCUUGGCAAUUUUGAAUAAACACAGUGUACCAUG